GGAUGUUCAUGAUAAAAGUUGCAUGACGUCAAGGACCAGUCAAGAAACUAAAACGCCCUACACAUAUCGUUUCUUUCACCACGGUUUGCAGCCGCAAAGUGAUUUUUGCUAAUGUGCAUCUAAGAGCAAAUCUUUUUUCGGUCGCUCCUUUGUGGACUCAAAAAAUGGGAAGAUUAGACACUCUGAGAGAAUUUAAUUUAUUGUCAUGGAUGAGAGAGGAAAGACAAUCGAGGAAGUUGACCCUGGUCAUCGUUUUCAUCGCCUUGCUGCUGGAUAAUAUGCUUCUAACGGUGGUCGUCCCCAUCAUCCCCAGCUACCUAUACACAGUUGAUGAUGCAGCAGCCAACAUGGCCAAGAAUCACACCACGGCCUCCCCACACACCCCUUCUGGAACCUUCCAUACCAUCGUGUCCCUCUAUGACAACUCUGUCAGGGUAACCAGCGGGGGCCCAAUGGACUCCACACCCAUACCCUUGGAUCAGGCGCAGGAGGUCUCUCUUUCCACCUCGGCUCUCACACCCCACAACUCCACAGAGCCUGACUGCCCCAAAGCAGAUGACCAGCUUCUCAAUGAGAAUGUGAAAGUGGGGCUACUUUUUGCCUCCAAGGCCACCGUACAGCUCAUCACCAACCCCUUUAUUGGGCCUCUCACCAACAGAAUAGGAUACCAGAUCCCCAUGUUUGCCGGGUUCUGUAUUAUGUUCCUGUCAACCAUUAUGUUCGCCUUCUCAUCGAGCUACACUCUGCUGUUUCUGGCCAGAUCCCUGCAGGGUGUGGGCUCCUCCUGCUCCUCUGUGGCUGGGAUGGGGAUGCUUGCCAGUGUGUACACAGAUGACGAGGAGAGGGGAAAUGCCAUCGGGAUAGCACUGGGUGGUCUGGCCAUGGGCGUGCUGGUGGGCCCACCAUUCGGCAGCAUCAUGUAUGAGUUUGUGGGGAAAACGGCACCUUUCCUCAUUCUGGCUGUUCUGGCUGUGCUGGAUGGAGCAUUGCAACUGUUCAUUCUCCAGCCCUCAAAGGUGGAACCAGAGAGCCAGAAAGGGUCCUCACUUUGGAGCCUUAUUAAAGAUCCAUACAUACUCAUUGCUGCAGGAUCCAUUUGUUUUGCAAACAUGGCCAUUGCAAUGUUAGAACCAGCGUUGCCUAUUUGGAUGAUGGAGACCAUGUGUCCAAGGAAAUGGCAGCUAGGCGUUGCCUUUUUGCCAGCCAGCAUCUCCUACCUGAUUGGAACGAACAUCUUUGGCGUCCUCGCGCACAAGAUGGGGAGAUGGCUGUGCUCUCUCAUCGGGAUGGUCCUCGUGGGGGUUAGCAUCCUCUGUGUCCCUUUCGCCAAGGACAUCUAUGGACUGAUACUUCCGAAUUUUGGUGUUGGUUUUGCAAUUGGCAUGGUGGAUUCCUCCAUGAUGCCAAUCAUGGGAUAUUUGGUGGACCUGAGACAUGUGUCAGUCUAUGGCACUGUGUAUGCCAUUGCUGAUGUGGCUUUCUGUUUGGGCUUUGCUUUAGGUCCGUCCGCUGGAGGCGCCAUAGCGAAGAACAUUGGGUUCCCCUGGCUCAUGACCAUCAUCGGUGUCGUGGACAUCCUCUUCGCUCCCCUCUGCUACUUCCUCAGGAGUCCUCCUGGGAGGGAAGAGAAAAUGGCCAUCUUGAUGGACUCUAACUGCUCGAUGAAGACCCGAUCAUACUCAACACAGGGGAACACAGAGUACGAAGAGAUGGAGACAGAGUACGAUGAGUAUUAAAUGGACACCAGACAUGUAUGUUACCUUCCAGAGGAUCUAUUUUGUUGUACAAAAGCAGAGAUACAAUGAUUAUUAUUUUUUAACAGCAAAGCUGUUUUGUUGUGAGUGUCCGUCUUCACUGUUCUGUGUCAUUGUUAUUGUACGACUAGAGCAAACCAAAGUUGUCAUUGCCCUUUGUUUAUUUUGAGCCAACAGCCUUAUCCGAUGGAAGUGGGGCCGUGUCAAAACAGGGUUUUCAUGGGCCGUAAUAGCAGACUGCUGUGAGUCAUAUUUACUGAAUAGUUCAGAUGGUGUUAUUAUACAGUCAUGGCCAAACGUUUUGAGAAUGACACAAAUAUUAAUUUUCACAAAGUCUGCCGUCUCAGUUUGUAUAAUGCCAAUUUGCAUAUACUCCAGAAUGUUAUGAAGAGUGACCAGAUGAAUUGCAAAGUCCCUCUUUGUCAUUCAAAUGAACUGAAUCCCCCAAAAACAUUUCCACUGCAUUUCAGCCCUGCCACAAAAGGACCAGCUGACAUCAUGUCAGUGAUGGCUGGAGAUAAUUCUGUCAUGCUGAUUGAGUUUGAAUAACAGACUGGAAGCUUCAAAAGCAGGGUGGUGCUUGGAAUCAUUGUUCUUCCUCUGUCAACCAUGGUUACCUGCAAGGAAACACGUGCCGUCAUCAUUGCUUUGCACAAAAAGGGCUUAACAGGCAAGGAUAUUUCUGCCAGUAAGAUUGCACCUAAAUCAACCAUUUAUUGGAUCAUCAAGAACUUCAAGCAGAGUGGUUCAAUUGUUGUGAAGAAGGCUUCAGGGUGCCCAAGAAAGUCCAGCAAGCACCGUCUCCUAAAGUUGAUUUAGCUGCGGGAUCGGGUCACCACCAGUACAGAGCGUGCCCAGGAAUGGCAGCAGACAGGUAUGAGUGCAUCUGCACGCACAGUGAGGCGAAGACUUUUGGAGGAUGGCCUGGUGUCAAGAAGGGCAAGCAAAGAAGCCAAUUCUCUCCAGGAAAAACAUCAGGGACAGACUGAUAUUCUGCAAAAGGUACAUGGAUUGGACUGCUGAGGACCGGGGUAAAGUCAUUUACUUUUGAUGAAUCCCCUUUCCGAUUGUUUGAGGCAUCCGGAGAAAAGCUUGUCCGGAGAAGACAAGGUGAGCGCUACCAUCAGUCCUGUGUCAUGCCAACAGUAAAGCAUCCUGAGACCAUCCAUGUGUGCGGUUGCUUCUUAGCCAAGGGAGUGGGCACACUCACAAUUUUGCCUAAGAACAUAGCCAUGAAUAAAGAAUGGUACCAACACAUCCUCUGAGAGCAACUUCUCCCAACCAUCCAGGAAGAGUUUGGUGACGAACAAUGCCUUUUCCAGCAUGAUGGAGCACCUUGCCAUAAGGCAAAAGUGACAACUAAGUGGCUCGGGGAAAAAAACAUCGAUAUUUUGGGUCCAUGGCCAGGAAACUCCCCAGACCUUAAUCCCAUUGAGAACUUGUGGUCAAUCCUCAAGAGGCGGAUCCCACGAAUUCUGACAAACUUCAAGUAUUGAUUAUGCAAGAAUGGGCUGCCGUCAGUCAGGAUGUGGCCCAGAAAUAAAUUGACAGCAUGCCAGGGCGGAUUGCAGAGGUUUUGAAGAAGAAGGGUCAACACUGUAAAUAUUGACUCUUUGCAUCAACUUCAUGUAAUUGUCAAUAAAAGCCUUUGACACUUAUGAAAUGCUUGUAAUUAUGCAUUGUUCCAUUGUAACAUCUGACAAAAAAAUAUUUAAAGACACUGAAGCAGCAAACUUUGUGGAAAUUAAUAUUUGUGUCAUUCUCCAAAUUUUUGGCCACGACUGUAUCACCAAAUUCUGUGCUGUAGAUCGGCUAGGAGUACAAACCUAUCCUAAUAAUUCACCUAUUGGCCAUUAACAGUACGAACAAAACUAAUGUACUUAGAGAGUUACUUCUGUCUGUGUAGAAACUGACCUAGGGUCAGAUUCAACAUCUCGAACAAGGCACUAUGAGAACACUGCUUAGUGUUGGUCAUUCUAUUGGUUGAGAAUAAUUGGUAAAUUAUUUAGAUAUAUAGUAUAACAUAGCCUAUUACAGAGAUACAAGUUACUCAAUACAUUUGGAAUGAGAAUUAUCUUACUGCUAUAACAAGGCAAACCACAUUUUACCUUGAAAUGGGCCUUUUUCAUUGAUUCCACAAACAUUUUUUUUAUACAUUGAGAUUGAUUUUUAAAUUGAGGAAAUACCUGAAAUGAAAGGACAAUACACCAGAAGCUGUUAUAGCCAAUGCUGUCCUGGGUUGACUGCUUAUGACUGUGCUUGUGACUAUUUGCAUGGUAUACCACAUUUAAAAAAACACCAUCACUCCAAUGCCUUUCCUCAGUUUCACUGUCCACAUCAAAACUAAAUGUAAAUGAUACCACAGCUCAUAGGACACAUGUUUAGCUGUUUUUUUAAGUGUACAUACCUUUUGGUAAGCCAUUUGAAUGUGUGGAAAACGAAGACUCAUAACCUUUCUUUAACCAGGUAGGCUAGUUGAGAACAAGUUCUCAUUUGCAACUGCGACCUGGCCAAGAUAAAGCGUAGCAAUUUGACACAUACAACAACACAGAGUUACACAUGGAAUAAACAAAACAUACAGUCAAUAAUACAGUAGAACAAAAGAAAACAAAAAAGUCUAUAUACAGUGAGUGCAAAUGAGGUAAGUUAAGGAAAUAAACAGGCCAAGUAAUUACAAUAUAGCAAAUAAACACUGGAAUGGUAGAUUGGCAGAAGAUGAAUGUGCAGGUAGAGAUACUGGGGUGCAAAGGAGCUAAAUAAAUAAAUACCAGUAUGGGGAUGAGGUAGGUAGAUAGAUGGGCUGUUUACAGAUGGGCUAUGUACAGGUGCAGUGAUCUGUAAGCUGCUCUGACAGCUGGUGCUUAAAGCUAGUGAGGGAGAUGUGAGUCUCCAGCUUCAGAGAUUUUUGCAAUUCGUUCCAGUCAUGGGCAGCAGAGAACUGGAAGGAAAGACGACCAAAGUAGGAAUUGGCUUUGAGGGUGACCAGUGAGAUAUAUCUGCUGGAGCGCGUGCUACGAGUGGGUGCUGCUAUGGUGACCAGUGAGCUGAGAUAAGACGGGGCUUUACCUAGCAGAGACCUGUAGCCAGUGGAUUUGGCGACGAGUAUGAAGCGAGGGCCAACCAACGAGAGCGUACAGGUCACAAUGGUGGGUAGUGUAUGGGGCUUUGGUGACAAAACAGAUGGCACUGUGAUAGACUGCAUCCAGAAUGUUGAGUAGAGUGUUGGAGGCUAUUUUAUAGAUGACAUCACCGAAGUCGAGGAUCGGUAGGAUGGUCAGUUUUACGAGGGUGUGUUUGGCAGCAUGAGUGAAGGAUGCUUUGUUGCGAUAUAGGAAGCCGAUUCUAGAGUUAAUUUUGGAUUGGAGAUGCUUAAUGUUAGUCUGGAAGGAGAGUUUACAGUCUAACCAGACACCCAGGUAUUUGUAGUUGUCCACGUAUUCUAAGUCAGAGCCGUCCAGAGUAGUGAUGCUGGACGGACGGGCAGGUGCGGGCAGUGAUCGAUUGAAUAGCAUGCAUUUAGUUUAUUUGCGUUUAAGAGCAGAUGGAGGCCACGGAAGGAGAGUUGUAUGGCAUUGAAGCUGGAGGUUAGUUAACACAGUGUCCAAGGAGGGGCCAUAAGUAUACAGAAUGGUGUCGUCUGCGUAGAGGUGGAUCAGAGAAUCACCAGCAGCAAGAGCAACAUCAUUGAUGUAUACAGAAAAGAGAGUCGGCCCGAGAAUUGAACCCUGUGGCACACCCAUAGAGACUGUCAGAGGACCGGACAACAGUCCCUCCUAUUUGACACACUGAACUCUAUCAGAGAAGUAGUUGGUAAACCAGGCGAGGCAAUCAUUUGAAAAACCAAGGCUGUCGAGUCUGCCAAUAAGAAUGUUGUGAUUGACAGAGUCGAAAACCUUGGCCAGGUAGAUGAAUACGGCUGCACAGUAAUGUCUCUUAUCGAUGGCGGUUAUGAUGUCGUUUAGGACCUUGAGGGUGGCUGAGGUGCACCCAUGACCAGCUCUGAAACCAGAUUGCAUAGCGGAGGAGUUAUGGUGGGAUUUGAAAUGGUCAGUAACCUUUUAGUUAACUUGGCUUUCGAAGACAUUAGAAAGACAGGGUAGGAUAGAUAUAGGUCUGUAGCAGUUUGGGUCUAGAGUGUCACCCCCUUUGAAGAGGGGGAUGACUGGGGCAGCUUUCCGAUCUUUGGGAAUCUCAGACACUACAAAAGAGAGGUUGAAUGGGCUAGUAAUAGGGAUCUGAAGACGCAAUGUUUAGGGAGAAGAUAAUUAACUUUCCCUAUUGACAUUACAAGCCAUACAAAUAUAUAUUGUGUUGAAAUGUAAACGUAUGGAUACUGGUUUACUUUGACAUCUCUGAAUAAACAGCACCUUGAGGAGAUGGUAAAGCACUUUAUCAGAGUCUAGUUACUCACACCAUUUAACUCCAAGGACAGUUCUAGUAUGUUGAUGUUGGAUUAGCAGAGAGAGAAUUGAGGUGAUGAGCUUGAUAUGUUUUGUAAUUUUGUCUAAUGUUAGCAACAAAACACUCAAAGUUUUAUCAAAGAUGAAUUCACUUAUUGUGUGUGCAGUGCACUGAACAUCCCAGUAGUGUUAAUCCCUAACACUACUCCCGAGUGGUACAGCAGUUUAAGGCACUGCAUCUCACUGUUAGUGGUGUCCCUGGUUUGAAUCCAGGCUGUAUCACAACCGACCGUGAUUGGGAGUCCCAUAGAGCGGCGCACAAUUGGCCCAGGUUUGGCCGGUGGAGGCCGUCAUUGUAAAUAAGAGUUUGUUCUUAACUGACUUGCCUAGUUAAAUAAAUAAAAUUGAACCGCAAUGUGUUUUCAAAUACUGAGGUUGAAAUUCUGGUCUCAAUCUUGACCAGUUGGAAUCUUAAACUAACCUGUGAAGAGCAUUAAUAUUAUUUGUGAACUUAUUUGUGAACACUUCCAGUAGGUGAUCAAAAAGUAUACACACAAUAUAUACAGAUCAAUAUGCAUUGUUUCCAAGAUCCAAGAUUAUAUUGACCAGCAGCAAUGUGCAUGCACAUACAUACAGUAGCAACUUCAGUCUGAGGAUUUGAUUGGCUGACUGGGCCCUGGCCUGCACAUGUCAUUAGAGACUUUUGUGUGCAGUCAGUCACCAGUAUUAAUCCACAACACAGAGCCAUGAAGUGUCCCUCCCAUCCCCCCUCUCCUAUUUGUCCUGAAGCUGAAAAUAUUGACUCAUCCACUGCUCUUUGUCAAGACCACUGUGAUCUAACAGAAACAGCCAGGCAUACAAAGCACUGCUAAUAACUGUCAAAUAUCUCUGUGCUGUUUGGCAAAGUGCAUUUAUUUACAAACCAUUAUGUGGUUGUUUGAGCAAACCUGACAUCUGGAAAUCUGUGAAAAUACUUUUAUGCCCUUGCCACGGAAAAACAAUGGCACAUGUUAAAAAUGUAAAAUAAGACUGCAUUUUUACAUAUAUGAACUGUUAUUUGCAAAACUCUGGGUUUGCUGGAUUGAAGGUUUGGUUGAAUGGACACCCCAAUGGGUUUCAUUGUAAAUAAAUGAUGCAAGCAAAAUAGUCUGUGAUGGAGUUGACAGAGAAAGUUUCCUGAUACCUUCACUAUUAGUUUCAUUAUUUGCUCUUAAAUGUAUAUUAAAAUUUUAAAUGGAAAUACUCAUGUCGAGAUGGCUACCAUUCUGAGAGAUUGUUAUUAUUUUGCAAUACAUUGUUGGGUCAUGUAGGUUACAUAGUGGAUUAUACAGUGCCCUCCUGAAUUAUUGGCACCCCAGGUGAACGAAAAAGGCUGUGAAAAAAUGUAAUUGUUGUUUAUCAACUUGUUCUUUACACUCCAAAUAUCAUAUGAACGUAACAUUUAAUUGAGUUAAAAUUCUAAAAACCAAAAUGUAAAACAAAUCAAGAAAAAAAGUUAAUCUAAAAUAUGUGUCAGAAUUAUUGCCACACCUAAAGCAUUAUUAUUAACAAAAUCAAUUGUAUGUAUAUUCUGAUCUGAGUCUUUGGGAACUCUUAACAGGUCAUCCGCAGGCUAAAUCCCUUAGUCAUCCAUCAACAUGGACAAAAGGUUGUUGACCUUCACAAAUCAGGCAAUGGAUAUAAAAAGAUAGCUACAUGCCUGAAAAUACCAAUGGCAAUAAUUAAUAAUAAUAAUAAUUAAUAAUACAUUUUAAACAACUGGUGACUGUGAUGAACCUGCCUCGAAGAGGAUGCAAGUGUAUUAAGAAGGAUGGUUCAAGUGGCAAAAAACAAAUCUCCAAGGAUAAUAGUUGGAGAAUUGAAGAAGGGUAACAUCUUGGAGUCACUAAGUCUCCAAAACUACAAUUAGACACCACCAAUGCCAAAAAGUUAUUUGAAAGGUUUGCUAGAACAAAGCCACAAACGUAAGCACUUGGAGUUUGCUAAAUGUCAUUGGAAGUUUGAUUGGAACCACGUUCUAUGGUCUGAUUAGACUACAAUAGAGAUUUUUGGCAACAAGAGAGCCAUGGUCAUGCAGAAAAUAAGUAUGGUGGUGGAUCUGUGAUGUUGUGGGGCUGUUUACUUCCAAAAACCCUGGGAACCUUGUAAGGAUCAGUGGUGGAAAUAUUACCCAAUUUUCAUACUUGAGUAAAAGUAUAGAUACCUUAAUAGAAAGUUACUCAAGUAAAAGUGAACGUCAGCCUGUAAAAUACUACUUGAGUAAAAGUCUAAAAGUAUUUGGUUUUAAAUAUACUUAAGGAUCAAAAUUAGGGCCUCCCGAGUAGCGCAGUGGUAUAAGGCACUGCAUCGCUGUGCCACGAGAGAUUCUAGGUUCGAGUCCAGGCUCUGUUGCAGCCGGCUCUGACCGGGAGACCCAUGGGGCGGCGCACAAUUGGCUCAGCGUCAUCUGGGUUAGGGGAGGGUUUGGCCGGCAGGGAUGUCCUUGUCCCAUCACACACUAGCAACUCCUGUGGCUGGCUGGGCACAGUGCACGCUGACACGGUUGCCAGGUGUUUGGCGUUUCCUUCGACACAUUGGUGCGGCUGGCUUCCGGGUUAGGUAGGCAGUGUGGCUUGGUUGGGUUGUGUUUCGGAGGACGCACGGCUCUCGAUCUUCACCUCUCCCGAGUCCAUACGGGAGUUAUGAUGAGACAAGACUGUAACUACCAAUUGGAUAACGAGAAAAUGGGCUAAAAAAAUAUAUAUUUAAAAAAUAAUACAUUCUUUAGGAAGUAAAAGUUGUCAAAAACAGAAAUAGUAAAGUACAGAUAUCCCCCAAAAACGAUUUAAGUACUUUACACCACUGGUUAGGAUACAUGACAUCAUGAGAUUUUAGGCAAAAACCUGUCUGCCGCUGCCAGGAGGCUAAAACUGGUUCGUCGUUGGAUCUUCCAGCAGAACAGCAAACCUCCAAAUCCACAAGAAAAUGGUUCACUGACCAUAGAAUCAAGCUUUUGCGAUGGCCAUCCCAGUCCCCUGACCUAAACCCCAUUGAAAACCUGUGGGGUGAGCUGAAGAGGGGAGUCCACAAGCGAGGACCAAGGAUCUGGAAGAAUGGUCUCAAAUCACUUCCUGUGUUCUCCCACCACAUCAAACAUUACAAGACAACUCAGAGCUGUUAUCUUGGAAAGGGGAGGGUGCUCAAAGAACUAAAUGCAGGGGUGCCAAUAAUUGUGAUAUGCAUGUUUGUUUAAAAAAAAACUUUUUAGAUUAGGUUAGAUUCAUAUAUUUUGAGUGUAAGAUUAAGCUGAUAAACAACUUUUUCCCCCAGCCUUUUUUGUUCAUAUUUACUUAUUGGUCAUUUGUUUAUAUUAGAAAUCUAUUGCACACAUGCACAAACAUAUGUGUGUGUGUGCCCAUGUUGGUGUGUGUGCCUUCUGACAUGUAUGUAAUUGGUUUGUGUGUAUAUCAACUACUUACUAACUGGUACACAAAAACAAAUGUUGACCUUUUAUAUUCUGGACUGUUUGUUUACCUGUAAAGUGUGCUGAUUGUGUAAUAUAUGGUGAUACUCAGUGGGGAUGGAAAACCCCAAAAUAAAUGUUGCUCUGAA